GUAGAUUUAAACAACAAGGGCUUUUGUAACCACCAGCAUUCCAAUUUCUACGCCCUCAACGACCAGUCCUAUGCGAACAGUCAGGGCUGUCAACCCAUAGCCUACAAGUGUGACUCCUAUGACAACUACAACCGGGGUCUGUGCGCCGACUGCGGCACUGCCACCGAAAAACAUUGCGUCCCAAUGGAGCUAAGCCUCGAUUACUGGGACGACAAAUCUAAUUGGAUUACUAAUCAGGGUAUAAACCACUUCUACAUCAAUACCGGCAGCGCUAUCACCGACGGCUACUGCCUAAAUACCUAUCAAGUUGUGGUGGUGACGGAUGACCCGACCUGUUCCGGUCAGAUGCAACUCGAGUUAUCCGAAGGUUAUAAUAUUGCAAUGACUUUGAGCAGCGCUAAUGAGAUUAAGACCCCGAUCACCGGUAAGACCGGUUACACCGCCCUCUUCGCCAACCCGAAGAUACUGUCGGCCAGUUUUAGUGUCAAACUCGACGGACAAAACAAUAUUAAUUGCAAAGUCAAUGAAAUUGACUUCAAUUAUAUGAGCAAUAAUGAUGAGAGUAUUCGUCAAAAAUUAUCGGCUGUAUUGAAGUCAACAGACGGCGGAAACUUUAGUUAA